AUGGAAACUCUUAAAAUAUCGAAAAUCGCAAAUAAGAAAGUUUGCGUUAAAACUUGUGAGAGUUCGGGAAGAGGGAUCUAUGCAAUGCAAAAGAUAUCACCCGGUGACCUUAUAAUUCAAGAUACUCCCUAUGCGGCGGUAGUGGAUGAUGCCAAUAUUUCUGUGGCCUGUAGUGGUUGUUUUUCCAAAGGUGGUAGAUUGUUGUGUUGUUCAAGUUGUAAUGUGAUCCAUUAUUGCUCUGAGGAAUGUCAACGUAAGGAUCGCCCAUAUCACCAACAUGAAUGUAAAUCAUUUGUCAAGCAUAAAAGAACGCCACCAGCUUCAAUUCGCUUAAUAUGUCGAAUACUAAUGCAUCGAAUGAAUGAUCUAGCAUCUUUCAAAGGGAUUGAAGAUCUCCAAAGCAAUCGAAUAAUGUUUAAACAAGAACAAAUUGAAACAUUUGCACAAAUGUGUAUGGUGGUUCGAGAAUGCAUCUCUCAAGAUGCUUUGUUAUCAGCUUCAGAAAUGUUAGACCUAUUUUGUCGGAUGACUGAAAAUAGUUUCUCUAUCUUGGAUGAAGAAAUGAUUGCUUUUGGAGUUGGCAUUUAUCCUAAUGUUUCGUUAUUAAAUCACUCUUGCCGUCCUAAUUGUGUUGUUAUUUUUGAAAAAUCAAAAUUAAUGGUGCGAUGUAUAGAACCAAUAAACAAUGAUCAAGAGCUAGUUAUUAAUUAUGUGGAUCUGAGUCUGCCUGUAGAAGAACGGCGUAAAGAAUUGCAGAAACAAUACUUUUUUUGGUGCCAUUGUGAUUCUUGCGAACUCUUUAAGUCCAAGGAUAAUAUUGACCCACGAAGUGCGCUGAGAUGUCAAAAUUAUAAAUGUUCUAACGCCAUUGAACCACCAAGCUCGUUGGAUUUAGGUAUAGAAGAAUAUACGUCAACAUGUAAAAUAUGUUCCCACAAUAUACAUUACGAUGUAGUAGAUGUGGAGAAACGUAUAUCCAAAUCUCUUCAAUUAUAUGAAAAAGGCACAAAUUUACGAGAUCAAGAUAAUCUACAAGCCAUGACUUAUUUUAAACAAGCUUUUGAAAUUCAAAAUAAACUUCUCCAUAUGGCUAAUUAUAAUUUAGUAUCCACUCAUAAAGCUUUGUUUGAUAUUUACUGUAAUUUAAAGAAUUGGCCAGAAGCACUUUCUCAUUCUUUGGCACUUAUUGAUUCUUAUCGUAUUUUAUAUUCUCGAACACAUCCUUUACUCGGAAUUCAAAUCUACACUACUGCGAGAAUAUAUAUGUCGAUGGAUAAUGUUGAUAUUUGUAAGGUCGUUGAAUUACUUCGAGAAGCUUUGAAAAUAUUGGAAAUAUCAUAUGGGUUUAAACAUCCUUUUACAAAAAUGGUAGAAAUGAAUUUAUGGGAUGCACAUGGUGAACUUAAUAGUAAAAAAUGUUGA